GCAGCAGCAGCACCACCACCACUAAUAUCAGGAGCAGCAAAAGCAGCGGGCGGCCCUGAGAAGCAGGAGGAAACCUGAGAGGGACGAGCUCCUGUCUCCGCCCCCCCUCCUCAAGUCACCCUCCCCUGGUGCUCCCUACUCUCUGCACCCCCUCUCCUCCCCGGCCCUUGCUGAUCAGUGGGCUUUGGGGAUCCCCCACCCCCCAGAUCCCUCCACACCUCGCUCUCCGCCUCCGCAAACUUUCACGCUGUCUCUGCUGCCCAGCCUGGCUCUACACCAAUGGUGGAGGCGAUAGUGGAGUUUGACUACAAAGCUCAGCAUGAUGAUGAGCUGACAAUCAGCGUGGGUGAUAUCAUCACCAAUAUCAAAAAGGAAGAUGGAGGCUGGUGGGAAGGACAGGUUAAAGGCAGAAGAGGUUUGUUCCCUGACAACUUUGUAAGAGAGAUAAAGAAAGAGAUGAAGAAAGAAACCCUUUCCAGCAAGCCUCCCGAGAAGCCCAUGCAGGAAGUGUCCAAUGGAAGCUCUUUGCUGUCUUCUGACACAGUUAUAAGAACCAACAAAAAAGAACGCAAUCGAAGGCGACGAUGUCAGGUAGCCUUUAGUUACCUGCCCCAGAAUGACGAUGAAUUGGAAUUGAAAGUUGGUGACAUCAUAGAGGUGGUAGGAGAGGAUUGCAUUGAUGUUGGCUGGUGGGAAGGAGAACUGAAUGGGAGACGAGGAGUAUUUCCAGAUAACUUUGUGAAGCUUCUUCCACCUGACUUUGAAAAGGAGGGGAAUAGACCUAAGAAACCACCUCCUCCAUCAGCUCCUGUCAUCAAACAAGGAGCAGGUACAACAGAAAGAAAGCAUGAAAUUAAAAAGAUACCUCCUGAAAGACCAGAAACUCUUCCAAACAGAACAGAAGAAAAAGAAAGACCAGAGAGAGAGCAAAAACUGGAUUUACAGAAGCCUUCUGUUCCUGCCAUCCCUCCAAAGAAACCUCGACCACCCAAGACAAAUUCUCUCAGCAGACCUGGUGCAUUGCCCCCAAGAAGACCAGAAAGACCAGUGGUGCCUGUGACACAUACCAGGAGUGACAGUCCAAAGAUUGACUUGGUGGUCAGUACAGUGUCCGGCACCUCAGAGAAGGACCUGUCAGACAGGAGCAAUGACAUUGACCUAGAAGGGUUUGACUCCGUAGUAUCAUCUACUGAGAAGCUCAGUCAUCCAACGACAAGCAGACCAAAAGCCACUGGUAGACGGCCUCCAUCCCAGUCUCUCACAUCUUCUUCCCUUUCAAGCCCCGAUUUCUUUGACUCUCCAAGUCCAGAAGAGGAUAAAGAGGAGCACCCUUCUCUUGCACACAGAGGCAUAGACGUGACCAAGAAGACGGCAAAGACUGUUACCAUAUCACAGGUAUCCGACAAUAAAGCCUCCUUGCCUCCAAAGCCUGGGGGGAUGGCCGCUGUUGGAAGCAGCACACAAACACCACUCUCUUCCUCCUCCUCAUCUUCCCUUCAUUCAUCGUCUUUGGGAACAACAAGUCACAGGUCAAACUCCCCUUCUUUGUUCAGCGUCGAAGGAAAGCCAAAGACUGAGCAGUUGAGCUAUGGUCAGUCAGCGGUGGAAGAACUUAGGACCCAAGUGAAAGAGUUGAGGACCAUCAUUGAAACAAUGAAGGACCAGCAAAAAAGAGAAAUUAAGCAAUUAUUGUCUGAAUUGGAUGAAGAAAAGAAAAUACGUCUUCGAUUACAGAUGGAAGUUAAUGAUAUAAAGAAAGUUCUUCAAUCAAAGUGAAUCCGUGGUAGAUGAAAUGUUACAUUAUUCAUCAUGAAUCUGAGACUCAGAUUUCUGCCCCAGCCAAAAUAACUUUGUGCCAAAUGAUUUUAAGGUUUGCCUCGACAUUUCCCUGUUUGAAGAAUUAGCACAAAUGUCUUGAAUAGCACAACACAAAAUUCCAUCCGAGAGGAAGGACUUCCCCUGUGGUGUGGUUGUGACUUUAAAUUGAGUGGAUUGUGCUAACAGCUUCUCUACUUCAAGACCACAAGUGAAAUGAAAACUCAGGCAGUUUAGUCCAUAGUGGUACUAUUUUGAUGAUAUUUUCCAUAAAUAAAAUGUAUUUCAGAUUAUUGGUUUACAAGCUUUAUAAUUUUAUGAUUUUUUUAAUCGUCUUUUGUCACAAAUUCCUAUAAUGUUUGUACUACAUAUAGUUAGAAUGAAUGUUUACUGUUCUUUUUGCUUUGGAUAGAAAACAGCCUAAUUUUCAUUUUUGUCUUAUAGUUUAGGAUUCUCUUACAUAUGCAAUUUUAUGCCCCUAGACAAACUUAUCACCUUGGAGAGAAAUUUUCACUUCUGUAUAAUAGUGUAUUUAAAAAAAAAAAGAUAAUCUGGUCUUUGUAAUGAUCUGUGCCUUCUUUUCACCACCCUCUUGGUUGGAGCUGUUUUGAUCCAACUACAAUGAUUAUAACCCAUUACUGAAGUCCCCAAGAGGCCCUUCUCUUAAUAGAUAGCUCCUCUCAAAGUAGCCAAAGGUCCCUGGAGGUGGCUAUGUACCUGAGAGUGCUAUGUCUUACCAGCUGUGUCUUUUUAAGCUGUCCUGGGUUUGGGUUGCUCAAGAAACCAGAAAAUUCAUCUCUGCUUGUUUUUUCAUUAGCCAAGUUAAACCCCGCCUCCUUGCACCUUUUGAGUGAAUAGAAUAUGCAUUGCUAAAGCAAAAAUAAAUAAAAGGAAAAAUGCAAAUAAAAACAAGGGGGGAAAUGUUGUAUUUUUUCAUGCACAAAGUUCUCUGUUGUGUGUUAUUAAAAUUGCAUUUAUGUAUUGCCUCUUGCCAAUCCUGUGUCACAUAAAUUG